UUCUCUUGGCUCCCGCGGGCCGGAGCUGCGUUCUGAAGACCCGGCUCCCGCCGGGAUUGACGCGCUGGGGGGAGGAGCGGUUUCUAGCUGCGCGCCUCUCAGGAGCAUUACGGCUGGGCUCGUUCCCGGCUCCGGCCGCCAGCCCCAGCCUCCCGGGUCCGGAGCGGGGACUGGAGGAGGCGGCGAGGGAGGGAGCGCGAGCGAGGAGGCACGCGCCCGCCUGCCCGUCCGCGCCCAGACCGCUGCCGCCGCCUUAGCAGCCAUGGCCGAGCGUCGCGCCUUCGCCCAGAAGAUCAGCAGAACUGUGGCUGCUGAAGUCAGGAAGCAGAUCUCUGGACAGUAUAGUGGCUCUCCCCAGCUGCUCAAAAACCUCAACAUUGUUGGCAAUAUAUCCCAUCAUACCACAGUGCCGCUUACUGAAGCAGUAGACCCAGUGGAUUUGGAAGAUUACCUCCUUACUCAUCCUUUAGCUGUGGACUCUGGACCUUUAAGGGAUUUGGUUGAAUUCCCUCCAGAUGAUAUUGAAGUGGUUUAUAGUCCUAGGGACUGCAGAACUCUUGUUUCAGCUGUACCUGAAGAAAGUGAAAUGGAUCCACAUGUUAGAGAUUGUAUUAGAAGUUAUACAGAAGACUGGGCAAUUGUGAUCAGAAAAUAUCAUAAACUGGGAACAGGAUUUAAUCCUAAUACAUUAGAUAAACAGAAAGAAAGGCAAAAAGGUUUGCCGAAACAGGUGUUUGAAUCUGAUGACGCUCCAGAUGGCAACAACUACCAGGAUGAACAAGAUGAUCUUAAAAGACGUUCAAUGUCAAUAGACGAUACUCCAAGGGGUAGCUGGGCCUGCAGUAUUUUUGACUUGAAAAAUUCACUUCCUGAUGCUUUGCUUCCCAAUUUACUUGAUCGAACUCCAAACGAAGAAAUAGACCGUCAGAAUGAUGAGCAAAGGAAAUCAAACCGUCACAAGGAACUCUUUGCCUUGCAUCCAUCACCAGAUGAGGAAGAGCCAAUAGAACGACUUAGUGUUCCUGAUGUGCCCAAAGAACAUUUUGGUCAAAGACUUCUUGUAAAAUGUUUAUCACUAAAGUUUGAGAUUGAAAUUGAACCCAUUUUUGCAAGUUUGGCUUUGUAUGAUGUGAAAGAAAAGAAAAAGAUUUCAGAAAACUUUUAUUUUGACCUUAAUUCUGAGCAGAUGAAAGGAUUAUUACGUCCACAUGUUCCACCUGCUGCCAUUACCACCCUGGCAAGAUCAGCUAUUUUUUCUAUCACUUACCCUUCCCAAGAUGUUUUUCUUGUAAUAAAGCUAGAAAAAGUGCUGCAGCAGGGAGACAUUGGAGAGUGUGCAGAACCGUAUAUGAUUUUCAAAGAAGCAGACGCCACCAAGAAUAAGGAAAAAUUGGAGAAGCUGAAAAGUCAAGCUGAUCAGUUUUGUCAAAGACUUGGGAAGUAUCGCAUGCCUUUUGCUUGGACUGCAAUCCAUUUAAUGAAUAUUGUUAGCAGUGCUGGGAGUUUGGAAAGAGAUUCUACAGAGGUAGAAAUAAGCACUGGAGAACGAAAGGGGUCUUGGUCCGAGAGGAGGAAUUCUAGUAUUGUUGGAAGAAGAUCACUUGAAAGGACAACAAGUGGAGAUGAUGCUUGUAACUUGACCAGCUUUCGACCUGCUACUCUCACAGUAACAAAUUUUUUUAAGCAGGAAGGAGAUCGCUUAAGUGAUGAAGAUCUGUACAAGUUCCUUGCUGAUAUGAGAAGGCCAUCUUCUGUUUUACGGCGACUAAGACCUAUUACGGCUCAGCUGAAGAUAGACAUUUCUCCUGCACCUGAAAAUCCUCAUUACUGCCUGACCCCAGAGCUGCUUCAAGUGAAGCUUUACCCUGACAGUAGAGUUAGACCUACUAGAGAAAUUUUGGAGUUUCCUGCAAGGGAUGUCUACGUUCCAAACACUACUUACAGAAACCUUCUCUACAUAUACCCUCAGAGUCUCAAUUUUGCCAACCGUCAAGGUUCUGCCAGAAACAUAACAGUGAAAGUCCAGUUUAUGUAUGGGGAGGAUCCUAGCAAUGCUAUGCCGGUAAUCUUUGGUAAAUCUAGCUGUUCAGAAUUUUCAAAGGAAGCCUAUACAGCCGUAGUAUAUCAUAACAGGUCUCCUGAUUUUCAUGAAGAAAUCAAGGUUAAACUCCCUGCUACUUUAACUGACCAUCAUCACUUGCUUUUUACUUUUUAUCAUGUUAGUUGUCAACAAAAACAAAAUACUCCUCUUGAAACUCCUGUUGGAUACACAUGGAUACCAAUGCUUCAGAAUGGACGAUUGAAGACUGGGCAGUUUUGCCUACCAGUCUCACUGGAAAAACCUCCACAGGCUUAUUCUGUACUGUCUCCUGAGGUUCCCCUGCCUGGCAUGAAAUGGGUAGAUAAUCACAAAGGUGUUUUUAAUGUUGAAGUUGUUGCUGUUUCAUCUAUCCAUACUCAAGAUCCUUAUCUUGAUAAGUUCUUUGCUCUGGUAAAUGCUCUGGAUGAACACAUGUUCCCAGUCCGAAUUGGAGACAUGCGGAUCAUGGAAAAUAAUUUAGAAAAUGAAUUGAAGAGCAGUAUUUCAGCAUUGAAUUCAUCUCAGUUGGAACCAGUGGUCCGAUUUCUUCAUCUCCUGCUUGAUAAACUGAUACUUUUAGUUGUUAGACCUCCUGUCAUUGCUGGCCAAAUAGUUAAUUUAGGUCAAGCAUCAUUUGAAGCUAUGGCAUCAAUUAUAAAUCGGCUUCACAAAAACUUGGAAGGAAAUCAUGACCAGCAUGGCAGAAACAGCCUUCUUGCAUCAUAUAUCUAUUAUGUUUUUCGGUUGCCAAAUACUUACCCUAAUUCACCAUCACCAGGUCCUGGGGGUUUGGGAGGAUCAGUGCAUUAUGCCACAAUGGCUAGAUCCGCUGUGAGACCUGCAAGCCUUAAUUUAAAUCGUUCUCGGAGCCUUAGUAAUAGUAAUCCAGAUAUAUCUGGAACUCCCACGUCCCCAGAUGAUGAAGUACGGUCAAUCAUCAGCAGUAAGGGUUUAGAUCGCUCCAAUUCCUGGGUUAACACUGGUGGUCCAAAAGCUGCCCCAUGGGGAUCCAACCCCAGUCCAAGUGCAGAAUCAACACAGGCUAUGGAUCGAAGUUGUAAUCGUAUGUCUUCGCACACAGAGACGUCAAGUUUCUUACAAACAUUAACGGGACGCUUACCAACUAAAAAGCUUUUUCAUGAGGAGCUGGCUUUGCAGUGGGUUGUUUGCAGUGGCAGCGUUCGGGAAUCAGCUUUGCAACAAGCCUGGUUCUUUUUUGAGUUAAUGGUAAAGAGCAUGGUGCAUCACUUAUACUUUAAUGAUAAACUUGAUGCACCGAGGAAGACUCGUUUUCCAGAACGUUUCAUGGACGACAUUGCUGCUCUUGUCAGUACAAUUGCUAGUGAUAUAGUUUCACGAUUUCAGAAGGACACAGAAAUGGUUGAGAGACUCAACACAAGCCUUGCAUUUUUUCUCAAUGAUCUGUUGUCUGUUAUGGACAGAGGAUUUGUCUUUAGCCUUAUAAAGACCUGCUAUAAACAGGUAUCUUCAAAGCUUUAUUCAUUACCAAGUCCAAGUGUCCUGGUGUCCUUGAGGCUUGAUUUUUUGCGAAUCAUCUGCAGCCAUGAGCACUAUGUUACCUUAAACUUACCCUGCAGCCUGCUCACUCCACCUGCAUCACCAUCACCUUCUGUUUCUUCUGCAACGUCUCAGAGUUCUGGAUUUUCCACCAAUGUCCAAGACCAGAAGAUUGCAAAUAUGUUUGAAUUGUCUGUGCCUUUCCGCCAACAGCAUUAUUUGGCAGGACUUGUGUUAACAGAGCUGGCUGUCAUUUUGGACCCUGACGCUGAAGGACUGUUUGGAUUGCAUAAGAAAGUCAUCAAUAUGGUACACAAUUUAUUAUCCAGUCACGACUCAGAUCCACGGUACUCUGACCCCCAGACAAAGGCUCGAGUGGCUAUGUUGUAUCUACCUCUGAUUGGUAUUAUCAUGGAAACUGUUCCUCAGCUAUAUGAUUUUACAGAAACUCACAAUCAACGAGGAAGACCAAUCUGUAUAGCUGCUGAUGACUACGAGAGUGAGAGUGGAAGCAUGAUAAGCCAGACAGUCGCCAUGGCAAUUGCAGGAACAUCAGUCCCUCAGCUAACAAGGCCCGGCAGCUUCCUCCUCACGUCAACGAGUGGCAGGCAACACACUACCUUCUCAGCAGAAUCAAGUCGGAGUCUUUUGAUCUGUCUGCUUUGGGUUCUCAAGAAUGCAGAUGAGACAGUUCUACAAAAGUGGUUUACAGAUCUCUCAGUCCUGCAGCUAAACCGGCUAUUAGAUCUGCUUUAUCUUUGUGUAUCUUGCUUUGAGUACAAAGGAAAGAAAGUAUUUGAAAGAAUGAAUAGUUUGACCUUUAAGAAAUCAAAAGACAUGAGAGCAAAGCUUGAGGAAGCUAUUCUUGGAAGCAUAGGUGCUAGGCAAGAAAUGGUGCGCCGAAGCCGAGGACAGCUUGAGAGAAGCCCAUCUGGAAGUGCCUUUGGAAGUCAAGAAAAUCUGAGGUGGAGAAAGGAUAUGACUCACUGGCGUCAAAACACUGAGAAGCUUGACAAGUCAAGAGCAGAGAUUGAACACGAAGCACUGAUUGACGGCAAUCUGGCUACUGAAGCAAAUCUAAUCAUUCUGGAUACAUUAGAGAUUGUUGUUCAGACAGUUUCUGUAACAGAAUCCAAAGAGAGCAUCCUUGGUGGGGUGCUGAAAGUGUUACUACACAGCAUGGCUUGUAACCAAAGUGCAGUUUAUCUACAGCACUGUUUUGCUACCCAGAGAGCCCUGGUUUCAAAGUUCCCGGAGCUCUUGUUUGAAGAAGAAACAGAGCAGUGUGCUGACCUAUGCCUCCGGCUUCUGCGGCACUGUAGCAGUAGCAUCAGUACCAUACGGUCACAUGCUAGUGCCUCCCUUUACCUGCUUAUGAGACAGAACUUUGAGAUUGGGAAUAACUUCGCCAGGGUUAAAAUGCAGGUAACCAUGUCACUGUCUUCCUUGGUGGGCACAUCUCAGAAUUUUAAUGAAGAAUUUUUAAGACGUUCUUUAAAGACUAUACUGACAUAUGCGGAAGAAGAUUUGGAAUUGAGGGAAACAACAUUUCCUGAUCAGGUUCAAGAUUUGGUUUUUAAUCUCCAUAUGAUCCUUUCUGAUACUGUUAAAAUGAAGGAACACCAGGAGGAUCCUGAAAUGUUAAUUGAUCUAAUGUACAGAAUUGCCAAGGGCUACCAGACCUCUCCAGAUCUGCGGCUGACCUGGUUGCAGAACAUGGCUGGCAAACACUCAGAGCGCAGCAAUCAUGCUGAAGCUGCCCAGUGCCUCGUUCACUCAGCAGCACUUGUCGCUGAAUAUCUGAGCAUGUUGGAGGACCGGAAGUAUCUUCCAGUGGGAUGUGUAACCUUUCAGAAUAUUUCCUCUAAUGUUUUAGAAGAAUCUGCAGUCUCAGAUGACGUGGUAUCUCCAGAUGAAGAAGGUAUCUGCUCUGGAAAGUACUUUACUGAGUCAGGACUUGUGGGAUUACUGGAGCAAGCAGCUGCUUCUUUCUCUAUGGCUGGCAUGUAUGAAGCAGUUAACGAAGUUUACAAAGUACUUAUUCCUAUUCAUGAAGCUAAUCGGGAUGCCAAGAAACUGUCCACGAUUCAUGGUAAACUUCAGGAAGCCUUCAGCAAAAUUGUUCAUCAGAGUACUGGCUGGGAGCGGAUGUUUGGCACCUAUUUUCGUGUCGGUUUUUAUGGAACUAAGUUUGGGGAUUUGGAUGAACAAGAAUUUGUUUACAAGGAACCUGCAAUAACCAAACUCGCAGAGAUAUCUCACAGAUUGGAGGGAUUUUAUGGAGAAAGAUUUGGAGAGGAUGUAGUUGAAGUCAUCAAAGAUUCUAAUCCUGUGGACAAGUGUAAAUUAGAUCCUAACAAGGCCUAUAUUCAGAUUACCUACGUGGAACCAUACUUUGACACAUAUGAGAUGAAGGACAGAAUCACAUAUUUUGACAAAAAUUAUAAUCUUCGUCGUUUCAUGUACUGUACACCCUUCACUUUAGAUGGUCGUGCCCAUGGGGAACUUCAUGAGCAAUUCAAACGGAAGACCAUUCUGACUACUUCUCAUGCCUUUCCUUACAUUAAGACAAGAGUCAACGUCACCCACAAAGAGGAGAUCAUCUUAACACCAAUUGAAGUUGCUAUUGAAGACAUGCAGAAAAAAACUCAGGAGUUGGCAUUUGCAACACAUCAAGAUCCAGCAGACCCCAAAAUGCUUCAGAUGGUUCUCCAGGGGUCUGUAGGCACAACAGUGAAUCAGGGGCCUUUGGAAGUUGCCCAGGUUUUCCUAUCUGAAAUACCUAGUGACCCAAAGCUCUUCAGACAUCAUAAUAAACUGCGACUUUGCUUCAAAGAUUUUACUAAAAGGUGUGAAGAUGCCUUAAGGAAAAAUAAGAGCUUAAUUGGGCCAGAUCAAAAGGAGUAUCAAAGGGAACUGGAGAGAAAUUAUCAUCGCCUUAAAGAGGCCCUACAGCCUCUGAUAAACCGAAAGAUCCCUCAGUUAUACAAGGCAGUAUUACCUGUUACCUGCCAUAGAGAUUCCUUCAGUCGAAUGAGUCUGCGCAAAAUGGAUCUCUAAUUUAAAUGCACUUGUUUUAUUCAUUUGAAAAAAGCCAUGUAUUCAACACUGAGUGUGAAAAGAAUUUAAGAGCUAUUGAAAAAGACUUGGGACUUAAUUCUGGAAAUUAUAGCAUUAAUUUACUCAUGGAAGAAUGCAGUGGCCAAAAUAAUAUCAAAUGGCAAUUGGUGAAGUUUGAGAAUCAUGGCUGUGGUUUCUAAUGUUCCGGUAAUAUGCUGUCCUUUUUUAAAAAGACAUUUUAAUAACUCAAAGGUACACUUACAUUUACCAUUAUUUAUACCAUAGCUAACGUUAAAUUUAUUUACUUUAAGUCUGUAUUUUUUAAUUUAUAUUACCAUUUAUAGAUUUGUUUGGAACCAUUUUAAAUGUAGUAAUGCUUAUUUUAAAGGUACUAUUAAAUAUGUGAACAUUUACACUAAUUAAAAGACUUAAAAAUUUUUUUAUUGAUAAAAGCAGAGAAUGAGUUAAGAGUUGAUUCAAGAAAUAGUUGCAAAAAUAGCAAAAUGAAAAUCAUAAUUGACAGUCACUUUAUGGGCCCACAUAAUAGCUCCAGAUUAAAUAAAUAGGUGGAAAUAAGUUGAUAACUGGCUUAAGUCUUCAGACUGGUUUCUAAAGUAUUUUCCAGACACCCCAAAAUGGUAUUUAGAACCGCCGAAGUAACUACCUGAUAACUUCUCUCUAUAAAUGAUUAUAUACUAGGAUAGCUAAUACCCAGUUUGAUCUCUGACUCAACCUUAUAGUAAUGAUAGUAUGAGCUGACUCUUACCAACUAAAAUGAACGACUCCUGUUUCAAAUUAAAUAAGCCCAUCAUCUCAUCAGUUUUUACUCUUAUGCAACUAAAAUGAGUCCUGUUUCAGAUUACAUCAGUCAUUUCAUCAGUUUUUAGUGAUCUAAACUGAUAAAUUAGAAAUCUGCUUUAAACUUAUUUACAUCACCAUAAAAAUAAGAGUGUUUGAUUUUAAUCUGUCAGGUGAAUAAGAAGUUAUAUUUUUUGAUACUUGUAUAGAUUUUACAAAGUACAUGUAUAAAAGGUAAAAUUACCUGUCAAUUAAAAUUGAGAGCUAAUUUAAAAUUAUAACUUUUAUGAUAUGAAAAACUAAUUCAGGUUUUUUUCAACAUAUAUUUGGCAAGCUUUUCCAAGGCAGAGUGUAUUAAGGAUUUCUGAAAAUGUCUGGUUUUUUCUUUGUGCAGUUUUAGGAAAGAUCACUUGUAAUCUGUCCCUUUGAUCUACUGACCACUUACAUGAAUCACUGAAGAACUGAUCAAACACGGUACUUUCAUUCUUCUAAGAGCAUAGAUAUGAUGGCUAAUAUUCCCUGCUCCAGCCUAUCUUUUUAACAGGCAAUAUUAUCUAAAAUUCCUCUUACCUAUAUCAAUUCAAAGACAAUCUCAGAAAGGUUUUUCAGGUGAGUUACAGGUGAACCAAAAUGGGUCAACUAGGAAGUCAGAAAAGCAUAACCUCAAAAAUGUAUGAGAACAGAGGAUCCAGAUGGACAAUAAAAAAAGGCAGAGUCAAGGAGAGAAACUCUUUAAAGCAAGCAAAAAAAGGUAACUUAUUUACAUAGUCUCCUUUUAAGGGGGGGGGGGAAGAAUAUUAAGUAAUUCCUAGGACAUUUCUCUUAAGGUUACACAUAUAUGAGAAUUUGGAUUGCCAUCCAUCUCAGUCACUAUCAAGAACUUUAAGAUUUGUAUGACUUAAUGAUUAUGCAACAAUCAUUGUCUGACUUGAGUCACAAGAGGCUUCCUCUCAAAACACUGGUAUAACGGAACACUUCCUAACUUACCUUACUGUGUUCUUCAGUUUUUUAAAAGAUAAAAUUUUUGUGUCAGCAGUCUAUACUAGUUCUUAGCCAUAGCUGUCUCUUGAGUGUUACAGAAGCCCAAGUUCUGUCCUAGAACUACUCCAUCGGAGCUCAUAAAGUAAUGUUAAGGAUGUUUUAUUUUUAAAGGUCUAUUAGUGACUCCUACUCCCUCAACUGCUUAUGGGUGGUGUUCUGAACUCUUUAAAAGGUCCCAUUGAUUCUGAAUGUAGACAGAGGUGUGAACUGUGACUUUUUAUAUUGUACCAUCUUGUAAAAGAAUUUGUAAAACUAACUGUAUAGAUUAUUAGUUGACUGGUACUCUUAUUUGUUGAAGUGGGGUAUAGCAGUGUUAUUCCAAGAAUUACAUAUUCUUUGGAUUUUUAAUUUCUUAAUAUCAGGAAUGUCCUUUAACAAGUCAUAAUUGAUUUACCAAUUUAAUGUUUAAAGUGAAAAUUUAACCCAGUUUUUCUGUGCCUAAAGCCUUAAGUUCUCCAGUUUUGGAUUCCUUAAAGUUAUACAUCUACUUUAAAGGAAAACUAGGUACGACAAUUAAGAUGGACCAAUAAGCACAAUUUCUAUUUGAAAAUUUCUUCACCUCCAACUGUCAGAAAGUAUUGAGUAUUAUUAAAGGUAAUUAUGCAUGUUUA